CUUCGCAGUUUUCUUGGCUCUUUACGCGGAAGUAAGCGUCAAGAAAACACUUAAGUGGAUAGUGUUGUGCUUUGGUCAUAAAGAUUAAACUGUUUUUAUGCUGCAAACAAAAUAUAAACGUAAUGGUUAAUAUUGGACUCACCAAGGUCGAUGAUGCACUCAUGGAGAAGCACCCGGGUUUGCAACAAUAUGCUGCUUGCCAGUCUCGUGCAUUUAUGAAAGGAACAGGCAGCUUCAUAAUUGGUACAGCUAGCCUUUUCUUUGCACAGCAGGUUCUUCAAAAAAGACUGCCAUACCCCCUGCAAUGGAACCUGCUAGUGUCUAUUGUGGCCUCAUCACUCUUCAGCUACUCAGUGACACGCUGGGAGAGUAUGAAGUGCAGAGACUUGUGGUUCUUCCUAGAGAAAGGAAACCUUCCUGAUUCAGACCCACUGAAGGGUGACCCACCUAGCCUUGCAAUCCCUACAGACCCCAAAGUCACAAAGUAUGGAGAUUCAAUGGAGUAAGUGACACCUAGCAAUAUGGCGCCCUGUGUCAUCAGCCAUCAGUGUUUAUAUUAGAUACCUGUUUUUAUUUCUUAAAAUUUUAUGUAAAUCUACACAUCUGGCUGAAAUUAGAUAGUUGUAGUUUUGCACUUCCUGUAAUACUGAUUUACUGAUCUAAUUUUGCACUCAGUGUUGGUCAUUAGCAAUCAAUAAUUGUUUCUGAUCUGUAACGGAUUAGGACGUACUCAAUUUUUUUAAACCUGUGUUUUAGGGUUCUUUUAAACAACUGUUAAUAGAUUAAAUAAUGUAGUUGCAUAUGCACAGAUGCCAGCCUUUCAGGUUUAUUUUGUCAUUAGUAUAGGCUGGGAAAUCAGUUUUUACAGUUGCCUUUAGAAUUAUGCCUCCAGCCCCGAACACUUAAUGACAGGCUUUGACCGUGUAGGCUAGUUGAAACGAAUAAACGCCACGCCACUAGAGGUCGCUAUUCACUCACUGAAAAGGUACUUACUUUCUGGGCAUCUUCGUAGUUUUCUUGGCUUUCUUAGCAUCUCAGGAUAAUAAAGUAUCUAAAAUUAAAUUUAGACACUACUUGCAUGCCAGCAAACUAUCUGUAAGGGCUGAUAGAAGAGCUCCUGCUGAUGUUGAACCAUGUAUAAGUGUAAUGUUAUAGAAAAGUGACUUGACUAAAUAUUCAGAUUUUUGAGGAAUUGUUAUCUGUAAUAAAAGGCCAUAUGUUUAAAAAGCA